GGCGCGUGUUCCAAAAGAGAAGGAAUAUAAAACAGCGCCGUAGAGACGUUAUUCCUAUCUACGUAGAGCAUGGUGCUGUGGAAGCCAACGUGGUGUUUUCCCAGACUCCUCGGUGUAACGGCAGCACUCCGUGAGAUUUGUUUAUUCACGUCGCGAACUUAAUUUUCACCUGGUCGCUAACAUUCCUACGGAGUGCGGCGGCGGGAGGGGCAGGAGUAUGGUUGGUGGUGGUGGUGGUGUGUGCUGUGUGAGCUGUGAGGUGGGGCUGGGCAGGUUAGUCGUCAGCCAUACGCGUGACGAGAAGGCGGCGGAUUGUAUAGCCGCCUCGUACUCACAUAUUUUUUUUUUUUCCGGACAUACGAAAUACGACAAUGAAGUCUUUCUCUGUAAAGGCGGCGUGGGCUGCUGGAGUGGGGCUGCUGCUCAUCCUGGAGGCCCGAAUGGCGUGCAGCAGGGCGGAAUCUGAGCCCCACCAGUUUUCCAAUGCUACGAGCAGCCCUGAUUUGGACGAGGGUGGCGGCAAGAGGAUCCUCGUGCUGCACCCUAUGUACGCCGCCUCCCACGUCCUCACGCUGCGGAGUCUGGCUCGCUCCCUUGUGGCUCGCGGACACCAGGUGACGGUGGUGAGGUGGAAAGACACUCACCAUUACCCGGCCUCCCGUAACCCAGGCAUCACUGAGUUUGUCCUCGCCAUCAAUAAUACAGACGGUGCGGUGCCUCACGUGACGAUGGAGGAGCGGGGCAGCUUCGUCAUGCCGCAGGAGUUGAUGUGGAGUAGCGGCACUUCCUGGACCGCCCUCCCCGUCGACGCUUUCUUCACCGUCUCCACCUACUGCCGCACUUUGCUAGAGGACGUGCCGCUGCGCCGUCAUCUCCAGCAGCAGAAGUUUCACGUUGCCCUCGUUGAUCUGAUAUACAACGAGUGCAGUCUGGCCCUGGCGCACGAUUUGGGUAUUCCUGCGGUCGGGUACUGGGCGUUCACUUUCGCUGGCGGAGAACCCCAGUACACUACCGCCUUCAGCCCGCCAUCUUCCGUUCCCUUUAUCCUUUCUCACUAUCGAGAUUCCAUGACCUUCAAGCAGAGGGCGGUCAACCACCUCCACGCCCUUGGGAGCCACCUCGUCAUGCAGGUGCAACUGGCUAUCACCGGCUAUCACAUUUCCCGCCACCUGCCGUCCUGUCCGUCCCCUGCCACCCUGCUGGCAGAGAUGUCUGGAAUGCUCAUCAACUCCCACUCAGUCAUUGACUACCCACGUCUGCUGCCUCCUUCCUUCAUCAAUGUGGGUGGACUGCACAUCCAUCGGCCCAACCCGUUGCCCAAGGAGCUGGAAGAGUGGCUGGCGGGAUCCGGGGAGGCGGGGACCAUUCUCUUCUCCAUGGGAUUCAUCUUCAACCCUCGCACUGUGCCCCGGGAGGUGAUCCAGAACCUGAUGGACGCCUUCGCCAGACUGCCGCAGCGGGUGUUGAUGAAGCUGGAGGAGCCACACCCCCCCUCGCCCCCCAACGUGAAGGUGGUGGACUGGGUGCCGCAGCAGGAUGUUCUUGGCCAUCCCAAGACGGUGUUGUUCUUUACGCACUGCGGCAUGCACGGGGUGCUGGAGGCUGUGCACCACGGCGUGCCCAUGGUGGGGAUGCCCGUGUUUGCUGACCAGCAGGACGUGUUGGUGCGCCUGGAGCAACGAGGGGUGGCUGCGGGCGUCUCCAAGCAGGCCGAGCAGGAGGAGAUCUACGAGACUAUCAGGCACGUCCUCAAUAAUACCAGUUAUCGUGUCAACGCUCGGCGACUGUCCCGUAUCAUGAAGCACCACCCGCUGGACCCUCUCCGUCACGCCCUGUGGCUAGUGGAGCACGUGGCGGCCACCGGAGGCGCACAACAUCUCAAAUUUUCCGCCAGACAUCUCAACUUCUGGCAGUUCUUUGGGCUGGACGUGGUGGGUCUCGCUGUGGUGGUGGCGCUGGCCGUCUGGUACCUGGUGCUGCCCGCCCUUGGACAUCUGGCCGUCCUGCUCCUCUCUUUGGUCCGGUUUAGGAAUAGAACUAAAGUGAAAGUAACAUGAUGACAAUUGUAUAGCGAUGCGUUACUUAAGACCGUACGUGAGUGAGAAGCGGUGUGUCUGAGCCCUCCCCCAUCCCUUACCUCCGCGUGGUGCCGUGACGUGUUCAGUCAGUUGUCCGCUGGACGGUAAUGAGUCUGAGAGUGAGCAGCGUGUGGUCCCGCAGCAGGUCUGCCGGGAAACAUUUUUCCGAAGUCUACGUGAAUAUACGGAUUCGCCUGUGAUGAGGGCCGGCUGUAGCUGAGAAACUAGCCACAGAAUAUUCUCGGAAACACUCACUAUGAUUUCCACCCAAAGUUACAAAUGCCAGUAAAUAAACACCGAAUCUACUAAAAAGCUAACCAGUGUAGUGUGUUCAGUAUGAUUGGAACCUUUUCUUCCAGACCUGUAAAUUGUGCUGCCUGGGACACGUGCACGCUGCUGUAGUGCGUUGUUAGCUGAUGAUCGGAGUUGAGUGUUUAGAACUAUUGUUUUCACUAAUCAUUGGUAAUAUCGUAGAUGUAUCGUUACGUAGUAUCCUCAGGUAACUUACUGACAAUGAAUAUAAGUACGAGUAAUAAUGUAAUGUAAUGUAAUAUAAGUACAUGGAUGUAUUAACGGUGCAUGAAGUCUUCUUCGACACGACACAUUAAAUAUUAUCAAGUUGCUCGGUAAAGAGAAGUUCGUAAGGAAAAAGAGGUGCAAUUAAAAACUUGAGUGACCUUGACGGGAAGGAAAGGAUGCGAGUACAACAAACACACACCACUGCGUCAUGUGUCAGCACGUGGCAGCGCUUGAAGUCGUGGCUGUGGUUUCUGCCGUGCCAACCUUGAUUUGUAUGCGUAUGAGUGUGUGUGUGUGUGUGUGUGUGUGUGUGUGUGUGUG